AUGUCCGAAUUCAAACACUUCCAAGCCCAUCCACUCCACCCCACCUUUGCCGCAGAGCUCAAAGGCAUUGACUGGCCCAACAUCACCCCCGAAACUGUCUCCGAGAUCAAAGCUGCCGUCGACAAGUAUGGAGUCUGUGUCCUCCGCGACACGGGGCUCGACGACGAGGGUCACGUCGCCCUCUCGCGCCAGUUCGGCGACCUGGAUGAUAUCAGGCGCUUCAUCCACCCGGGGCGCAAGAUGCGCUAUGCUCACUAUGAGCUGUUCGACGCUAGUAAUGUUGACGAGAACAAUGAGCUUUUGGAUCUGAACUCGGCUCGGGCGCACGCCAACCGUGGUAACGGCCUCUUCCACAGCGACUCGAGCUACAACCCCCGCCGCGCCUCCUACUGCCUCCUCCGCGCCGCCAUCCUCCCACCCCCAAACACAGGCGGCGCCACCCAAUUCGCCGACUCCCGCGCCGCCUUCGCCUCCCUCCCCGAGCCGCUCAAAUCCACCCUCCUGACCGAGGACUACGUCGGCGCCCACACGUACGCGCAGUCGCGCAAGCUCGGGUCGCCGGAGUUCUUCGCCGAGCUGGCUCCCGAGACCUUUUCCAUGGCCCGCCAUAGGAUCACGCAGCUGCAUGAGCAGUCGGGCCGCAUGACGCUGUACGUGGGCGCGCAUUUGCAUCAUAUCGAAGGGUUGGGGGCGAAGGAGAGUGAUGAGCUGAGGGAUUAUCUGAAGGAGUGGCUGGCGAGGGAAGAGUUUCGGGUUACGGUUGAAUGGAAGCAGCCUGGGGAUAUUGUCAUUUGGGAUAAUAGGUCGACGGUGCAUAGGGCCAUGGGGGGCGAGUUUGAGGGGAAGUUUAAGAGGGAUUUGAGGAGGACGACGGUGCAUGAUGAUGGGUUGGGGGCGUGGGGGCUCAACGAGUCUGGGGAGGGAUUUCCCUCGUUUAAUAUGGCGGAGAAGAAAUUGGGGGAGGUGCCGCAAGCUGCGGCGAGGAUAGUUGCUGCAUAG